CACACAUUCAAGUAGUAGUUUCACUUUGACUUCGAUUCGAUCUAUCACAUGAUCAUUGAAGAUCUAGAGCUUCACAUUCACGUAUCUUUGCACAUGUGGUUUCCAAAUCACAACAGAUCUAUUAAUUCUCCAUUAACUACUAAUCAGUACUAGCCAUGUCUAUGUCACUACACAUUACUGCUAUUGCUAUUCUUUCCUUGCAUCUCCUCCUCUUACUUGCGAAUGUAAACUCAUCAUCCUCCAUGGAUCCAUACAAAGUACUCAACCUAAUCCACAACCCAAACGGCACCAUCACACGCUUAGACAAAUACCCACAAUCCCCACCUUCACAAGAUCCCAAUCUUCCUACACCCUCCCUCUCCAAAGACCUGACCCUAAACCCAUCAAAACACACUUGGGCUAGAAUCUACUUACCCCACAAACCAACCUCCAAGAAACUACCACUCAUCGUUUUCUACCAUGGCGGUGGCUUCAUCUUUUACAGCGCCGCUUCAACUUACUUCCACAACUUCUGCUCCAACCUCGCUAAUCAAACUCACUCCGUCGUUGUUUCACUCGAAUAUCGUCUUGCACCGGAACACCGUCUUCCGGCAGCCUAUGAAGACUCCGUGGAGAUUCUUCACUGGAUCAAAACCUCAAAAGAUCCAUGGCUAACACAUCAUGCUGAUUACUCACGUGUUUAUCUCAUGGGAGAGAGUGCUGGAGGUAACAUUGCAUACACCGCAGGUCUACGUGCAGCUGCAAUAGUUGAUGAGAUUAAACCGGUUAAUAUCAAAGGUUUGAUAUUAAUUCAACCGUUUUUUGGUGGGAACAAGAGGACAGCGUCUGAGAUAAGACUUGAGAAGGAUUUGAAUUUACCGUUGAUAGUUACUGAUUCAAUGUGGAAUUUGUCUUUACCUUUAGGAGUUGAUCGUGAUUAUGAGUAUUGUAAUCCAACGGUGAAUGGUGGAGAUAAGGUUUUGGAGAAGAUAAGGUUGUUUGGUUGGAGAGUAGCGGUUUUUGGUUGUGAUGGGGAUCAACUUGUGGAUCGUCAGAGGGAAUUGGUGAAGUUGCUUGAGGGUAAAAGUGUCAAUGUGGUUGGACAGUUUUAUAGUGGUGGUAGACAUGGUAUUUUUGUCGGUGAUGCUUCUAUGUCUCAAAAGGUUUUCGAUUUAGUGAACGGUCUUCAUUGAUCAUGAAUUAUGAGUCAUCUAGCUCGGUACUUUCUUUGUCUUGUAGUUUGCAUCAUGUUAAAAAAGAAAGAACAUCAACUAGGUCUAGUAGUACUACUACAUUGUAUUGGUAAGGAAUGAAUAGAUCCUAAAGUUUUUCAUAUGCUUUUGUAGUGUUCAACAAAAGAACCUAAAUUAUUUUGAAUUGGCUUUUAUUGCUUUUUAAACUUGUCAA